AUGGGGAUAGAGGAUUACCAUGUCAUCGACCUCGUCGGGGAGGGCUCCUUCGGCAAGGUUUACAAGGGCAGGCGCAAGUACACUCGCCAGACGGUCGCCAUGAAGUUCAUUCUUAAGCACGGGAAGACCGAUAAGGAUAUACACAACCUUAGGCAGGAGAUUGAGAUCCUAAGGAAACUCAAACAUGAGAACAUAAUUGAAAUGAUCGAUGCCUUUGAAACCCCUCAGGAGUUUUGCGUUGUCACAGAGUUUGCUCAGGGAGAACUGUUUGAGGUGCUUGAGGAUGAUAAAUGCCUUCCAGAAGAACAAGUUCAGGCAAUUGCUAAGCAGCUGGUGAAAGCAUUGUAUUACUUGCAUUCCAAUAGAAUUAUUCACCGGGAUAUGAAACCUCAGAACAUCCUUAUCGGGAAAGGAUCUAUUGUAAAGCUUUGUGACUUCGGGUUUGCUCGUGCUAUGUCAGCUAACACAGUUGUAUUACGCUCCAUUAAAGGGACGCCUUUAUAUAUGGCUCCAGAACUGGUGAGGGAACAGCCGUAUAACCACACAGCAGAUUUAUGGUCCCUUGGUGUCAUCUUGUAUGAACUGUUUGUUGGACAGCCCCCUUUUUAUACAAAUUCGGUCUAUGCACUUAUCCGGCACAUUGUCAAGGUGCCUCAAAGUAGAUUAACCUGGCCAGCAUUGUUGGAGCACCCAUUUGUCAAAGAUGAUUCAAUGGGACCGGCAGCUGAGUCUCGACCUGCACCUUUUGAAGCUAGAGGGUCUGAAGGUAGAACUGCUACUACCAAUAGGGAUAAUGAUUCCGAUAAACCCAAAGGUAACAGAAAAUUGGAUGGCCCUAUGCAAGUAACUCAGGACCAUCAUGGUUCACCUACUGGUGCUGUUCCUGAAAGCUGCUCUCCCGCAGAGUGUACUGCUUUGGAUAAACUGGAAAAAGCCUCACAAACAGUAGAAGGUGCAAACAGCAUUGUUGAAGAUAAUGAAGCACUGUCAACCAUUCUCAGCCCUAUCAAAAUUUGGCUUACUAAUGCUCCAAGUCCACCCAGGGAAUUGAAUAUUGAUGGAGCAAAUCAGUCACUCAGAAUUAUUAAAAAUUUAAUUGAUGCCGGGUCAUGCCAAUCUUAUGCGGCAAUUGACAUAAGCUUGCUUCUUGAGUUUACAAAUCUCAUUAUCAAAACUAAGCUUUCAAAUGCUUAUGGACUUGUGGUGAAGUGCCUGGCAAUUGCACGGAAACUACUUGAUACAAGUGAUGAAGUUAUUUUAAAAUCUUAUGACAGACAUUGGUUAUCCCUAUAUGAGCUUUAUUCACAGAUCCUGGUUUCUACAGUGGAUCCAUCUGGGAGAAUAUCUCGUGAGUCAACUGCCUGCCUUGCUUUGAUGUUAUCUCGGGUCAUCUCUGGGUUGAAGGCAAGCAUGUCAUCUGAAGACCCGAAGCCAGUGGAAGAAAGUCUCCUCAAGAUCAUUGAUCAUGCGAGGACGUCACAACUACUUGAACUCUUGUGUGAAUGUCUGAUAGCUUCGGGUUCAGACACAAUAUCAGGUUCUACAAACAUGGUACCUGCUGCUUGUGAGGCAUGCAAGGCUAUUUGGUACCUAGCUCAUGCUGUUGACAUUAUGUCCAUUGGUGCACACCAUUUUUCAUUUCCCUUAGCUAAUUCAUGGCGACAAAUACACUCAAUGCAAGAGCAAGGUUCAAUGGCAGAUUCAAACUCUACCAAUCUGAUUAACAUAUUUGUCAAAUCAUUUCUCGCCUCACGACCAAUGCAGGUUGCAGUUUACCACUGCUUGCAUAAUGGUCUAGAAUCAGCUAUUCAUGCUUGUCUUCAGCUUAUCUCAAGGGCCUGUCUGCAGAAUGUGUCUUUCUGUGCCAUUAUGUGUCGUCCAUGGAAUUCACCAUCUGAUGUUGAUGCAGUAGAAUAUGGUGGAGAUGGAACAAUAGUCUCUGAUAUGUUUUCCUUAUUGUCACUGUGUGGAUCAUAUUUAAAUAAGGAAUCCAAGCAGAAUAGCAAUCAGAAAUGCAAACUAUCCAACCCUCAUGCUCUUGUAGUGCACUGCUGCCUUGCAUUAGCGACAAUAGCUGCAUGUUUGAAAUCAGAGGGAGAGUCUUCAGCAUCAGUUAUCCUAACAAGUUCCCAGAAAAAACAGCGGUCCCGUCUCUCAGUUCUUGCACACCUUUCAUCAGUUGAUGAUACAGUGAAGAGUUGCCUGCAGCCACACUGUGCAUCAGCAAUGCUUGGGCUCUCAUCACUUGUUUCUCUUGAAAAUGGUGGACAAACCAGGUCUUCUCUUUGUGAAACCGCCCUUGCUUUAUUUCCUCGUAUGGCAACACUGCACACUCUGCUGAAGCUUUGGUUAUCUGAUGGAAGCGAAGCACUCUGUCGAUAUAAUGCUGGUCUUCUGAAUCUUUUUGGACUCCGCGAUGGAAGUAUUGGACUGCUAGAGACAAGGUUGAAAUGGGGCGGACCAUUGGCCAUUGAACAAGCCUGCUCAGUUGGCAUCCCACAGCUUCUAAUUCGCUUGCUUACUGAUGGUUUCUCAAAAGAGAUAUCUGACGGGAAAGAUAGUUCAACGAACCGCAGUGGGUUGUCUCCAUUGGGAGUUAUCUGGACUCUUUCUGCUUUAUCUCAAUGCUUUCCUGGUGGAGUUUUCCGUGAAAUUUUGUAUAGAAGGGAACAGUUAAAGCUCUUAACUGACUUAUUGUCUGAUACACACCUUAAGGCAUUGGCAGCCUGGACGGGUCUUGGUGGUGGGAAGAGGGGAGUUCGGGAACUGAUAAACUCAGUUGUUGAUAUCUUGGCAUUUCCAUUUGUUGCAGUGCAGAGUUCUCCAAACAUGCCGUCAGCAUCUGCAUCCAUCAAUAGUGGCUUCCUGCUUAAUGUUGCAUCACCUGGUGGGCGCAUUGGUACUGAGAAUAAGGAAAUGCUCAAAACUAUAGAGCAAAACAUGCCUCAGUACAUUCAAGUUCUACUAGAGGUUGGCAUUCCUGGAUGUAUGCUGCGCUGUCUUGACUAUGUCAACAUGGAAGAUCUAGGUAGGCCCUUGGCAAUUGUGGCCAAAAUGGCAGGCUACAGGCCACUUGCUUUGCAGCUUCAUAAAGAAGGUCUUCUAGAUCCAAUUAGAGUAGCAGCAUUACUGGAGGGUCCUAUAGCAAAGGAGACUUUGCUUGAUUUCCUCAUGAUUAUUUCUGACCUUGCUCGCAUGUCAAAGGACUUUUAUGUACCCAUUGAUAAAGCUGGACUUGUUGGAUUUUUGAAGAACUUCUUAUCAAAUGGAGACCCUGAUAUAAGGGCAAAAGCUUGCAGUGCCAUUGGCAACAUGUGCCGCCAUAGCUCCUACUUUUAUGGCCCACUUGCAGCAAAUAAGGUGAUCCAGCUCGUGGUUGACAGGUGUUCUGAUCCUGACAAGCGCUACCUAAAGUUCGCAUGUUUUGCUGUUGGCAAUGCUGCUUAUCAUAAUGACAUGCUGUAUGAAGAAUUGAGACGGUCCAUACCUCAACUCACUACUUUACUACUUGGUCCUGAGGAGGAUAAAACCAAAGGCAACGCUGCAGGCGCGCUCAGUAAUCUAGUGAGGAACUCUGACAAACUUUGCGAAGACAUUGUCUCCCAAGGCGCAAUUCAGGCGCUGCUGAAGAUGGUCGGCAGUUACUCUACCGUUGCCCUGAGCCCCAGCAGACGAGAUGCUCUCACUGAAUCACCGCUAAGAAUCGUGCUCUUCGCCCUGCGCAAGAUGUGUGACCACGCCAUCUGCAGGAACUUCCUCCGGUCUUCAGAACUGCUCCCGGUCAUCGUUCACCUCCGGCAGUCACCUGAUCCAACGAUCUCCGAGUAUGCUUCUGCCAUCGCGACUAGAGUGAGCCAGGCCUGA